UGCAAUCUUUAUAUGUUACUUAUGAUUUUAAACCCACGGCCAUUCACCGCGUACUUUUCACAAAUAUGGCGAGUUAUUUCUCGGAUAGACACAGAGAUUCGGAAAAUUCAAAACUUCGAGUUUAUGCUAAAACUGCGGUACAUAGCUGUGUUAUUCAUAAAAUGCUUGUCUGUGCAUUAAGAGGCAAGGAACGUAAAGAC